AUGGACAAUACGCAGUUCUCGGAAAUGAUGAAAUUCAUGCGCGAAGAUGCUCAACGACGAGAGGAAGCACAUACAAAACAAAUUGAGCAAUUGCGCAACAACGGCAAUGAGGCCAUCGCUCAGUCUGUCACGAUCCAACCUCCUGAAGAGUACAUCGAACGUAAAAUCACCGCUUUCACAUACGAUCCGGUUGUUGGACUCACUUUCGACAAGUGGUACGAACGCACUGCCACAGUUUUUGCAUCAGACCGCGGCAAGCAAGUUCCGGAAUCUGAAAAGUGCGCCAUCAUUCGCUCAAAACUAACCUCGUCGGAUUACCAGACUUUCGCUGGAAAUAUUCUGCCUAAGAAGCCGGAAGAACUCACACUCAUCGACACCGUUAAGCACCUUAAGCAACUUUUCGGUCGCAGAGAAACGAUCUUCGCACGACGCUUCAAAGUUUUGCAGAUUCAGAAGAAAUCCGAUGAAUCCUUCGCUACGUACACAGCACGUGUCAAUCAGGCAGCAGAGGAAUUUGAGCUCUCUUCAUUCGACAGCGACGACCUAAAGGUGCAACUCUUCACACAAGGCCUCACGGCACCAACCGAUUCACGUAUCCGCAAGAAGCUCAUGGAAUCGGUGGACGAUCGACUCACGAAGCGAACGGAGGAAGGCGAUGCACCUACGACGAACAAGCUCAAGAUCAACGACAUGCUUGCUAUUGCUCGACGCAUGAUGGUCCGAGAUGAAGAAAGCAAGGUCAUCGAGAACCAACCGAGCACCACUGUUGCAAGCAAGCCAAGGGGAUCUAUCCCGAAGUGUCGCAUGUGCGGUGACACUCACUGGCAUCGCGACUGUCCAUUUACCUCGAAGACCUGCGGGUCGUGCUCAGCAACUGGACAUAAGACGGGCUUCUGCAAAUCAGCCAGAGACUUCAACGAACGAAACAAGAAGAGGGGUAAGGAACCGUCAACAGUAGUGCACAGCACGUCGGUCCAGCACAAACCAUCUCGUAAGACUCUCAAACCAAAGAUCAACGGCAUUGGCGUGGUUCUCAAACACGACAUGGGCUCAGAUUGGACGAUCAUCACCGAGAAGGACUGGAAACGAUGCGGCAGUCCCAAGCUCCUCCCAUCCAAGGAAACGGCUACCAGCGCCUCAGGAGGCGCCAUCGAGUCACUGGGCUCAUUUUCUGCAGUUAUCGAACUCAAAGGACGCAUCGGAAUUGUUCCAGUCCACGUCACAAAACGCAACCUGAGCCUCUUCGGCAACAAUGCACUUGAAGCCCUCGAACUUUGGGACCAACCCAUCACGACUUAUUGCGACAGCAUCGAGACGAACCCACUGGCAGAGGAGGUAAGAAACAAGUUUCCUAAACUUUUCUCGUCUUCUCUGGGUAGAUGUACCCUUCAGAAAGCAUCCCUCAAACUAAAGGAGGGAGCUCGAGUACCAUUCUGCCGCGCCCGACCAGUUGCCUUCGGAGUCCGCAGCACUCUCGACGAGGCCUACGACAAAUUGGUCGACAAGGGUGUCUUCACACCAAUCAACUACGCACACACAGCAGCCCCAGUCGUCGUCGUCAAGAAAAAGGACGGUAGCAUCCGAGUCACCGCCGACUAUUCAACCGGUCUCAACCGCGCGCUGGAAUCAUUCAAUUACCCGCUACCGACUCCCGAAUCAAUCUUUGCGACACUCUCCGGCAACGACACAUUCUCGACACUCGAUCUCACAGAAGCGUUCCUUCAAAUCGAGUUCGACGACGAAGCAAAAGACCUUAUGGCAGUCAACACUCAUCGAGGACUCUAUCGUGUUAACCGACUUCAAUUCGGCGUCAAAACGGCACCCGGUCAGUUCCAACAACUCAUGGACAGCAUCUUAGCAGGCUCGGGAGCAUCGCCGUACUUAGACGAUAUCAUUGUUCCAGGCAAGGGUGAAACCGAUCAUAAAAAGAGACUCUUCGACAUUCUCAAGCGACUGGAGGACGCCGGUCUCCGACUUAAACUUGGAAAAUGCAAGUUCGGCCAACCCUCGAUCAAGUUCCUCGGCAAGAUCAUCGACGCAGAAGGCCAACGCCCAGACCCUGAGAAACUCCAGAUCAUCCGAGACCUCCCCCAACCGGCGGAUAUCUCACAGCUACGAGCAUUCUUGGGCGCAAUCAACUGGUAUGGCAGCUUCAUUCCGAACUUGAAAGACUUGAGAGGACCGCUCGACGAACUGCUACGCAAAGACGAGAAAUUCGAAUGGACGGAGCGACGAAGCAGAGCUUUCACGCAGCUCAAACAGGCUCUCCAUUCAGACCUUGCUCUUUCUCACUACGACCCGGGGAAACCACUGGUCGUCGCCGCCGACGCCUCCAGCUAUGGUGUCGGUGCAGCUUUACUACAACGUCUCGAGGACAGCACCCUGAGACCGAUCCAAUACGCGGCCAUCUCUUUCAACAACGCCGAACGUAACUACGCUCAGGUUGAACGUGAGGCCUUGGCCCUGGUCUACGCAGUCAAGAAAUUUCACCGCUACAUCUACGGACGACACUUCGAACUGCAAACGGACCACAAACCGCUUCUCAAGAUCUUCGGUGACAAGAACGGCAUCCCGGUCCACACGGCAAACCGACUGAGACGUUACGCGAACACUCUGCUUGGAUACGACUUUACUAUCAGGUACAUCGACAACGCCAGCUUCGCAUACGCCGACUUCGUCCCACGCCUGAUCAGCACUCAUGCCAAACCGGGAGCCGAAGACAUCGUCAUAGCAGAGAUCCGACAAAGCGACUACGAGGAAGAAGAAACGGAGUUUAUGGUCGACGCGGUGAACUCACUUCCGGUCAAACUCGAGGACCUCCAACGCGCCACAUCCGAUUGCUCACACCUUCAACUCGUCAUGAGCUACGUCAGAGCUCACUGGCCUACACAGCGGCGUCAAAUUCCUGACUCAGAAGCAGCAGAAUACUUCAUUCACCGUCAAGAUCUACGAAUCAUCCAGGAUUGCCUCUUCUCGGGCGAUCGACCAAUCAUCCCACCGAUUCUUCGCACGAAAGUCCUUGGCGAACUCCACACCGGACAUCCGGGCUCAUCUCGCAUGCAAGGCCUCGCCAACGAAAAAUGCUUCUGGCCGAACAUGUCUCGACACAUCUCAUCAUUCGUCCAACGUUGCUCCAAAUGUGCCACAAACGCCAAGUCCCCAGUAAAAGAAAUUCUCCACCCAUGGCCGGUCCCUAACAAACCAUGGAAACGCAUACACAUAGAUUUCGCCGGUCCCAUCGACCACGACUCCUUUCUAGUAGUGGUCGAUGCUCAUAGCAACUGGCCCGAGGUCGCCCGCAUGCGAUCAACUACGGCGGAGAAGACAACAGAAGCUUUGUCAGAGAUCUUCGCCAGAUGGGGAACCCCCGAAACAAUCGUCUCCGACAACGGUCCCCAGUUCAUCUCCAGCACAUUCAAAGACUUCUGCGCCAACAACGGCAUCAAGCAUGUCACCUCUGCGCCUUACCACCCUCAGUCGAAUGGAAGAGCAGAGAAAUUUGUCGACACUCUCAAACGAGGACUGCUAAAACUCGAGGGAGAAGGAAGCAUUGAUGAAAAACUACGCAUUCUCCUGUCCAGCUAUCGUCAAACGCCGUGUGCAGCCCGCGGAGGAAGUUCACCCUUUGAGCUCAUGACUGGCCGCAAGAUGCCAUCCCGACUCGACCUUCUCCAGCCAGCGCAACGCUCAACAGUCAGUCUGCCUCAUAGCAUGUCAAAACAAUUCAACCAGCAUCACGGAGCACGCCUCCAUACAUACAGGGCCGGAGACCCAAUCUUCUACCAGAUGCAUUCGGGAAACGGUUGGACAUGGCAGACAGGCUCAAUUGUCAAACAGCUCGGACGGACAAACUACCUAAUCACGGUCGACAACAGAAUACUGAAGGCUCAUACGAAUCAGCUUAAACGACGAUAUCCAACCGAAGAAGAGCAUGAAGACGACACUUACGAACCUUCUGGUUCUCCACAGUCCACACAGACGAUUCCGCACACUCGAGCAACCGAACCGGACGAAGCAGGUGACAGCGACAACGCGAACCUCGAAUCAGAUUCGGAAGAGUUUGAGUCAGCACUCGAAGAAUCAACUGAUGUAGACCUGGAAGACGAAGCUCCGGAACCGGUUCGGACGCGAGCACAGCGCUCAACAGCGGGACGACUGCCCGAGCGAUACAGAGAUUUCGUCAUCGACCUUAUCAUGGCGCUCACGAGCCGCCGGCUUUAA